GCUCUCGCGGGCUUUGUUUUGAUAAUGGCGGCAUGGUUCAAAAAUCGUUUUAUUUAUGCCAAUUUUACGGAUGUCAAACUUAUUUUAUGAGCAUAGCAGGUAAAUAAAUGUUGUUUUUGCACAAUUACGGAUUCCUUCAAUCACACCCUCCCUGAAGCGCCUUGGUCAACAUGUCAUCGCCGUCACUUCAGUGCUCCUCUGUGGACUUCCUAACCAAGUGGAUGCCGAGCAGCACCAGAGCCGGAGUGAUCCUCGCUCCAUCCCCGGAUUUAGCAGGGUCCUUGCGGCAUAUGACUGCAGCGGUGUCCGCCCCUCUGCACCCAGACGACUCUUUCUCCUCUGAUUUCGCCCCGCUGCCUGCCUCCACAGAUAGCAGCUUCCUGGAUGCGGAUGGAUGUGUUGGUGGAACCAAACCGGUGAACAAUCAGUAUCCUCCAGCACUGGAUACCUCAGAUGGACAGGUCCAGAAUUUGGAGCAGAUGGCCAGCAAAACCCAGGAUCUACCCCUGAUGAUGAAGCUGGAAGAGUUGAGGAAAUGGCAGCAGCAGAUGCAUGAGCAGCUGAAAGCACAACAGCUGGAGGAGCUGCUGUGUCUGCAGGAGGAGCAGCAGAAGCUACUAGGGAUUGUGAAUGUGUCUCAGAUCUGCACAGAAGGAUCAGGGCUGCCAGGAGCACAAUGGCAAAGAAACGCUGUCCAGCACAGCCCUGAAAGGAGCUGUGUUGAGGUGGAACAUGGACUCUGUGAGCUGCAUCUCACACCAACAAGAAGCCAGGAGCAGCUUUUUGGACGUAAGGAACAUGAGGACGAGGAAAACAACAGUGAGGACUCCUGUGAAGAGAAUCUGAAACAGAACGUGGACCAUGUUAAUAUUUCUGAGCCAGGCAGUGCAACGAUGCAACGUGAAGCCAACACCAGUCUGGACAGGCCGAUAAAACCAGGCAUCGGGGGACAGAAGAAAACCUUUGAGGAGCUUCUGGAAGAGCAACUGAGGCUGGAGGAGCAGAGACUGAAGUCUGCCCGGCAACAAGCUAAUCCAACCAGAGCUGAAGCUUCGGUCCGCACCAAGAGGCCCUUUUUGAAGCGGGGCCAGGGCCUUUCCAGGUUCACCAACAAUUCAAAAAUUUCAUCACAGAAGGAAAAGGACAAAAAGCACCAAAAACCACCAGCUGAAGCCAGAGCAAUCACUCGCAGCCACUCUGCACCUGGCUCCAUCCUGAAAGGCGGCUCAAACGGAGUCCCGCAGCUUCCCGUCCAACGCAAAACCGCCAUACUCAACAAGGAAAACCGACUGAAGGGACGCUGUUCGCCGCCUCAGGAUAUCAGGGCUGAGAAGGCGCCACAGAUAAAGGUUCUGGGGAGUCAUCAGAGACAGAACACAGGACCGGCUACCGUUCAAACUGAGCCAAAACCCAGACAAAUAAAACACCUGCUGGGGCAGGAGAAGGAGCAAAAUGUAGGAAUCCCAGUUCAGGCUGUGAGGAACAGUGGCUGUAAUCUGCAGCCGAAUCCUGUCACCAAACAGGUGGGUCUGAUAGAAGGGCCAGGGAGGCCUGCAAGAGACGAUGGGAAGGAGAAAAGUUCUGGUUCUGGAGUGGAAUCAGCAGAAGUAGAAGCUGGACCUCCACAGGAUUCCUUUGAGCUGUCGUUCCAGGAGAAGCUUCAGGGGUGGGAGUGCAAACGGCAGCUGGAAAGGAUGGAGCUGGGAGAGUUUGAGCUGUUGGAGCAAGCGGCCGAGGAGCUGUCCUUCUCAUCCAACUCCUCCUUUGUCAUGAAGGUGCUCAAUUCAAAACCCCGUUUGGUAAAAAAAUCUGACACAGAUUGUUCAGGGAUGAAGAGCAGCCUGAGGAGGCCGGCUGCUUCAGGAUCUUCUUCAUCUUCCUCCUCUUCAGUGUUUCCUGCCAGAAAGGUGGAUGAAAAACUAAGAUCCGGGUAUAAGAACCAAGAAAAACCAUCCGACCAGAGCUGGGAGCCUCUGCAGGACCGCUCUGCAAAAACUGAUCUAGUGCCAAAAAACCAAGAAAGCUUUGAAGCUAAAGAACUAGAUCCACCCCAGGAGGUCAUUACUCACCCUGAUGGGAAGACAGAGAAGGUUCUGCCGAGCGGCGAUCGUCUCAUCGUCUUUCCUAACGGGACCAGGAAAGAAGUUUCAGCCGACGGGCUUUCAGCCAAGGUCACCUUCUUUAACGGAGACACUAAACAAAUCACAGCUGAUCAGAGAGUGAUCUAUUACUAUGCCGAGGCUCAGACCACACACAUCACCUACCCCGAUGGUAUGGAAGUCCUGCACUUUCCCAACAACCAGACAGAAAAACAUUUUCCAGAUGGCCGCAAAGAGAUCACCUUCCCAGACCAGACGGUGAAGAACCUGUUCCCUGACGGGAGGGAGGAGAGCGUGCUGACAGACGGCACCAUCAUACAAGUCAACCCGGACGGCACUAAAGAGAUCCACUUCAACACGGGCCAGAAGGAAAUACACACCGCCGAGUUCAAGAGGAGGGAGUAUCCAGACGGGACGGUGAAGACCGUUUACAGCGAUGGCCGCCAAGAAACCCGCUACCCAACCGGGCGGCUAAGGGUGAAGGACAAAGACGGAAACGUCCUCCUGGACAAGCAGGCAUAAAAGAAAACACUUAUUUCUGUUCAUUUAUCGUCACAAAUAUCUUUUUUUCAGUUUUUGAAUAAGACUGAGGUCAGCUUGAUGACAUUCGGUGCCUCUGCUUCUUUAAAGCAUUAAAACAAAUUGUCCGAUACAAUUACGGCUGCAUUAAAGAUUAGUUUUAUUUUUUACUGUGUAAAAUAUAUUAAAU